GACGUCAUGCGGGCAUGACGUCACUGCCCUGACGUGUGCUCUGCAGUGAGGCUGCCGUAGAGGGGGAGCGCAUCGUGUUCCCCUCGAGAUCUGCUGGGGGCAGGCGGGGGUUAAUUCAGGGAAGCCCCAUGGCGGGUGUCCCGCAGGGGGUCGGUCUAGAUGAUCCCAACCCGUCCCCUCUCCCCAGGGCUCUGUCGUGACAUCACGGCGCGUCAGCCUGGCGAGGCCUCGUGGCGUCACAGCGAGCCAUCGCUGCCCCGGCCGCCGCGCCCUGUGCCGGCACGGCUCUCUUGGCACUUCGGGGGCCCUGGCCGUGACGUUUUGGUUUCAGGAUCUGUCUGGAUUUUGCUUUCUUUUUUAUUAUGUUCUAAAAUGUCACUUGAGCCAGUGAUGCGCUUUUAAAACGUAGGCAGAGAAAGGUGUAUUAUAAGAAACUACUUGACAGGCUACACAAAGAUGAUAUAUACAUUGGAUUUCCCAUUUUCACUACUAAUAUAGAUGGUCUUGAAAGUGCACUAGGAGUCAGAUAUUUCCAAGAAACUCUCUGUCAAUGAACAGCUCAAGACCCUCCUCACUGAUCUCCGUUUAAUGCAGACAGCUUGAUAUUACGCAUCCUGCUCCUUACUCCAAGUUAAAUGAAAAAAACAAUUUUCUCUAAUCUUCCAUGAAUCUCAGUUGUUGCCUGUUAGCUUUGAUUGUUAGUGCGGGUCUGCCUGCUGCUUUUGCCCUGGAAAAUGUAGCUUCUAACAGGACAAUUACACCUGGGUCAAGAUCCAUUUCUCUGACUGCUUCACUUCAUCCAGUCUUCCGAGUCAUGGCAAAUUCUCCAGCACAUCAUGAUAUCAUAGCAAAGGAGGGGACCAGUGCUUUAAUAGAAUGUAAACUGAACAUCAGCCAAUAUGAAUUUAUCCUUUGGUACAAUUCAAAAGGACAGCUGCUCAAUGAAAGAGAUGAAGGUGGAAGAUGGUUGAUCACUGACCGAAUCCUUAACAUUACCAGUGUAACUUUUGGUGACCGUGGGCGGUACACCUGUGCAGCCAGUAAUCGUAAUGGCACCUCCUACUACACAGUCACCCUGAGGGUUAUCUUCACAUCCGGGGACAUGAGCAUCUACUACAUGAUUGUGUGUCUGGUUGCCUUCACAAUCAUCCUCAUUUUAAACAUCACCCGUCUGUGUAUGAUGAGCAGCCACCUCCGCAAGACAGAGAAGGCCAUCAAUGAAUUCUUCAGGACAGAAGGGGCUGAGAAGCUUCAGAAAGCCUUUGAGAUCGCCAAGCGCAUUCCUAUCAUCACAUCUGCCAAAACCUUAGAGCUGGCCAAAGUCACCCAGUUUAAGACCAUGGAAUUUGCUCGAUACAUUGAAGAGCUUGCUAGAAGCAUCCCCCUCCCACCUUUGAUCCUGAACUGUAGGGCAUUCAUGGAGGAGAUCUUCGAAGCAGUGCGAGUUGAUGAUCCUGAUGAAGUUGGUGAGGAAACCAAACAGACCCAAGCCCUUGCUACCCAAGAUGCGAUCUACCCCAUCAACCCAGAGCUCAAGCGCAGUAAUUCACCAGCAGGGGACUCGGAUGAUGGCUCCAUGAAUGAGCAGGGUCAAGAAAUAGCAGUCCAGGUAUCGGUCCACCUUCAGUCAGAAAUACAAAGCAUUGACACUGUUUCCCAUGACAGCUGCCAUACUGUACCUUCCGAAGAAGAGGUCUGCUGAAUCCAGCGAGGUGGGAUUAUUAAAGCUGCGUCUGAUUUCUGUAGAGUGUCGAGAAAAAAUGAACUCUAGUCAAAUAUGCACAAGAAAUAACUAAUCUUUUUCCAGAAUAUGAGGUGCCAAAACUUUACCUAAAUCUGUGCGUUUCCUCAUCUAUGUUUCUCAGUGCCGAUCUAUAGAUUUAAGCCUGCUUAGAUGAGGCCAUUUGGAAUACUCCUUCGCAACAAUUUUGUAAAGCAAACGUACUCCACUGGAAGCAUUUCACAAACGGGAUAAUUCACACUCAAUUUCUUGGUCACCUCAGUUACUGUUUCAGAGGUGGCUAAAUUGAGCUAAACACGUGCCAUAGGAUCCUUUCCUUUGUGAACUGUUUCUUCAUAUACACAAAGAAAUCUGAAUUCUUUCAGAUUCAAGUCUGCCUGCAUUAUUGUCCUGACGAUUUGAGAGGUGUGCUCUUUUUGAGUUGCCUCUUGAUGUGUGCAGCCCAUCAAAACUAUGGGCUUCGGCAAAUCUGCUUUGUGUAUUUUGCUUUUGUGUUGCCAUCAAAACAUACUGUACUUAGAAUAAGGAAUAGUGCCAGACUGUGCAUCUGGAUUAAAUUAAUUGUCAUAGUUUCAAAGCAAUUUAUGGAAUAACCAGGGCUCUAAGGUUUUAAUGAUUCUUCAGAAACUUACCAAAACGCCAUUGUAGCGUAUGGAAAAUUAAAUCUUGAUUUUGACAUAAUCAGCACCAUGGUUAAAUGACCAAUAUUGGUAGAUGCCGUACCCUGUUUCUGUUUUACAUGGCAGGACAGGAAGGCAGCUCUGCUGGUAUUAUCUGUCCAUGAACCUUAUUGACUUUACUCACUGCAGAAAAUCCAAAGGAUUGUGGUGUAUUUGACAUUGCCGUGGGCAAGGGAUGAUGAGUUGGUUGUCCUAAAAAAAAAAAAAAAAAAAUCUAGAGAUCAGAUGUCUCAGGCAGUUGUUUCUAAACAACAUUAACAAGAAAAGUGGGGGGAACUUAGGGCCAGAUUCUUAGCUGUGGAUAGUUAUGGCUAGUUAUGGCUCCCUGAUUCUGCUGUCUGCCAGUCGCAAGUCACUGGAGUGCAGUACCCGUCUGGCCAUGCCCUCUUCCAUUUCUAGCAAGCCCCAUGGUAAGAGCUGCAAGGAGAUGUAGCACAGGAGCUGACCACACAUUGCCCUGUGCUAGUUAGGGACUCUCCUGUGCCAGGAGAUUCCUCAGAGGAGGAGAUCCAGUCCCUAGGAACUGGAAUGUAGAAGAGACUCUGACCCCUAGUUUCGCUUUUUGGUGCUGAUCUUUUCCUUUUUUUUAUUUUGUAUUUCUUAUUUUUUAUUUAACAUUUACAAGUGUAUCACUUUAAUCACACUUUAUUUCCAGUUGCGAUUUAAAUGUAUGUAAGGCUUGUAAGCACUCCACAAAUUAUUUUCUUACAACUGCUGGGAGCAUAUUGCCAUAUAAUUUUAACAACUUAGCAACAGGAGCACCGCUUAGCUUCCCACAUCUCUUUCUUUGCUUCCUAUUUUUGAAAGGUGACUUGAACUAGUGGUUUCUGGAGGGAACAUUCAAGAUUUUGCAGAGGUUUUCAGGUUACGUUUACAGGGGUGGCGGUGGAUGACAAACAGAUAUAGGAGUGCCAUUCUACAAAGUAGAGGAAUCUGCAGUAAUACAGCCUUGUAAUAAAUGGCAUGAGUAAAUCAUAUUUAUGUGUCAGUAUUAGGGACCGAGAGGGUGAAGCAUUUUUAAGUUCUUUCCCGAGAAGCUUCUGAAGUCAAACACAAGCAACGCAGGUCUAGCAGAGCUUGUCUUCACUGAGAGGCCUGUGUUUAUCAGGAACAUAGGAAUUGCUGACUGGAUCAGCCCAGUGAUCCAUCUAUUCCAGUCUCCUGUUUCUGACAGGUGGCUGUGCUUCAGAGGAGUAGAUCUGGAAUAACCUGUCCUUCGUGAUAGAUUCUUCUUCACGCUUAUAUAGCUAGAGGUUGUUUAUGCUCCUCUUCAUCUUAAGGGUUUAUAUUCCUCUCUUGGCUCUUUGUUUAUUCUUAAAUAGUCAUGGUUAUAAGUCUGGAUAUUUUUGUUAGUCAGAUAAAUGGCCAAUCCUUUUUUGCAUCCUGCUAAACCACUGGCCUCAGUGAUUCCUGGCGGCAGUGAUUCUGCAGGCUAACGGUGCAUUCUGGUGAAAAGAAUUUCCUUUGGUCGAGUUUGAAUGUCAUAGCUCAAAGAUGUUACGGCCAGAAGGGGUAAUCGUGUAGUCUGACCUUGUACGUCCCCUAGGCCAUAGGAUUUCUACUUCGCCAUGCCUGUCUUUCAGAGAAGCUGGCCAUGCCCCUCUGUCAAACUGUCACACUAUAUAUGGUGGCGGCAUCCUUGAUGUUUUUGUCCCCAUGUUAUAAAUGCAAUUUGGAGAUGGAACCGUAAAAUCAAGGCUUCUUUUAAAUACUUCCAAACCAGCAGACACACAAUAAUGAUUGACAGAUGUCUCAUCAAAAAUGGCAGCUUGCAUGCAACAAAAUGACACUGGAGCUAUGUGCGAUCAGUGUAAGAGAACAGCUCCCGAUUUAACUGAAUCUGUUCUUUAAUUUGUAUAGUUUAGGUAGAUAACACUGCGUUCUUAAUAAACCAAGUCUGUGUUUGCCUAUCUAGCUGUUUCAUCUGGUGUCUGAGUAGCAGAGAGAAAGGACUUGUUCCAUUAGGCCAGAAAAUACAGAAAUGAUGUGCUGGAUAGUUUGUUUAUUUUUAAAUUCCAAAAUCAAGUGACCAGUUUGCCAUAGUAAUAAGUCAUUUCAUUUCUGGGAGAGAGGCUGUUUUGUAGGAUUUUCAGUACAUAAGUAGUAUUUAUGAAGUGUAGGGCCCAAUCUUGUUUCCACUGAACUUCAUCAGACCAGGGUUGGAACCUUAAUAUGACAUCAACGAGUGUAUUGAACAGAUUCGUAUGACACUGGGAACCAGGAUGAUGUAGAACCCAUAAUUUCCAAAUAAUGAACCCUAACAUAGUGGUUUCCAAACAGGUUGACCUAUUACUCCCAUGUUAGUGAUAUCUGUUACUGCUUGAAUUUUUAUGAUACAUCUAACUAAAAUUUAUUUUGGAAAGAUUACUCAAACAUCGUCCGGGGGUGUGAGGGGGUGGGGGUUAAACUCCUUGUAAAAAAAUGCAUGUUUUUUCUUGGCUUCAGCUAAUGUGUCUGACAAUCACAAGGCUGUUUUAUCUUCUCUUCCGAACCUCAAUUUGUUUUUUGUACUGUAAACUCUACUCGUUAGCCAAGAUUGUAUUUACAAGUAACUUUGUCUUGGUUAUUUGUAUUCUGUAGAGUGUAAUGUGACUGUGUUAUAUAACAACAUUAUGAGUCAUACUUUCAUAAAAUUAAUUGGUAGAUUGUCAGAAUAAAUUUAGCAAAAAAACCUGUGAGUUUUAUCAUCUCUUUAAAUUCUCUUGCAUCAGAAAGGGGGAAAGAGGGGCUCUCCAUAAAGAGUUAAUAAACAGCUGUCUUUAGCUAAUGCCAGCAAAGCUGUUAGGCAAACUGGUAAAGGUUGCCUGUGUAUCUGAUUAUCUGCAAGACAAUUUGUGCCAUAACAUCUUUGAUUUGUCAUUUUAUAAUGUCCUAGAGUCCCCAUGGCCGUCUGUAACGAUUCUUACCAGCUGCGUCAACAGAUGGCUGUAGAACAGCAGCCCUGACAUGAUUUCAACAGGGUCUUUGGUUUCUUUAUUGCUUCUUAUCUCAAGCUAAAACAGCUGUUACCAAUUGCAGUCCUUGCCUCCUCAAACCUAUAUUUGUUGACCCACACCUGUAGAGACAAUUGUUCUGUUCUCCUGUAUUUAUUCUAAUCUGUUUAGAUUUUGGGAGGCUUUUUCCUAUGGUUUGACACAGCUUCCCUUCCACAGAAGGAGACACGUAACUAAUACAAGACAAAUCUAUAGCUGGACUAAUUAAAACUUCAAGGGACAGAUUCUGCCUUGCCAUGCCAGCGAGCAGUGGGGGUGCAUAAAAAGUCUUCCCCUCACUUGCUCAGCUCACAUAGGGCCUGGCAGACUCCCAGUUCCUGCACUGAGAGAAGCGCACGGGCUGCUUCCUCCUUACAUUUCUUGAGACGGAGAGGAAGCAGGACUAUGACUCCGCCCUCCCUAGUUGCGGGCCAGCGUGCAGGGUGGGAAGUUAUCUGCAUCCAUAAAGCGGUGUAGCAGUGUGCACACAGUUUUUGCAUGCCCUGAAGUUUCAGGUGCUCCCUGCGGGGUAGUGUAGCGUGAACUGUACAAACCAGCGCUGAGUAGAAAUGCAGUCAGAUCUAUCAUCGACGUUUUAAAUGCAAACUGUAGAGCAAAUCCCACUCUCGUGGACACCGGGGCAACCUUAUUAAAGUCAGUGGAGUUGCACAAGUGUAAAUGAGAGAAGAAUUUGACCAUCUGUUUUGAUCACAAUGUUCUAAAAGUUAGGUUCCAAUUGUCAAUUUCUGCAUGUGUAGAACAGGGGAAUUCAAUCCAAAGCCUUCUCCACCUGCAAUGUGGAUUUUACUGUGUGGAUCUGGCAGCUGAAGGAGUAACAAAUCCACACUAAUCAGGGCUGGGGUCAGUGUUCAGUCAGUAACUGACUUCUAGCCCUGUAUUUGGGGCUACACUUAAGUGUAUGUUGCUGGUUCAAGACACACUGUACUAGCAGUCAAACACAAAAGAUUUUGUUUUUUUAAUCUGGGUCUAUGCAGAGAUCCUAAGUGGGGCUAACAUAUUCAUGCUUUUGUAUCUAUUUGAAACAAAUUCCUGUUUUUGCUGGAUGAACAAGGUAACAAUAGGGAAUUGAAAACAAAAGAUCAUUCCAUGGUGCAGUAUCCCAAUGUUUUCUUUUUUAAAAAGUUAUGCAUCACACAAAGUCACCUAUCGCUUGAACUAGAUCUUCAGCAGAGUUCCAGCUGAAAGUAGGGACUAAAAAGUCCAUUUACUUCAAUUAAGCUGUGACAGUUGACACCAGCUGCGAAUCUGCCCUCGAUUUUCUGCUGUUACAUGGCAUCUCACUCCCACACAUCACAACAGGAACAAUGUCUUUGUUCGUGCUCAAAAACAGUAUAACUCACCAUUUGGUUUAUGCCAGAUAUAUGCAAUAUAAAAAAAAAAAUAAAAACCUCUCCUAUUUCUAA